UCGCAGGCAGAUGUGGAUGUGCGUUAGGGUGCCGAUGGAGGAUGAAGAAAUAAUUAUUCUAAAUUAAAAUUACGAUACAGUGAACUAAUUUACCUUGAUUCAGUUAUAUUGUAAAUAAAAAAUAUUUUUUGAAAAUGUUUUCGUGCGUUCCUAGAUCGUUGUCAUGCUGCACAAACGCUAUAGGCUUGAAUAGAGCCGUUGCGUGUGCAUUGACGAAAUGCCCAAUGUUCCUAGAUCCAUCACUGGCACCAUGUCGGAAUUACCACGAGGUCACCGGCGAUAUCAUUUGCCCCAAUAUGGUGCGAGGCAUCGAUCAUCUAAGAGAUCCUCGCCUCAAUAAGGGUCUUGCGUUUACGCUAGAGGAGCGUCAAGCCCUCGGCAUUCAUGGUCUUUUGGCGGCCAAGUUCAAAACCCAAGAAGAGCAGUUGGAUAUCUGCAGAAUAGCCGUAGAUAGAUACGAGGACCAUCUGAACAAAUACCUCUACCUCGUCGAGUUACAGGACAGAAAUGAGAAGUUGUUCUUCCGUCUUCUCUCUGAGAAUAUUGAGAAGUAUUUGCCAAUAGUAUAUACGCCGACGGUCGGUCUUGCUUGCCAAAGAUUCGGUCUUAUCUAUAGGAGACCUAGAGGACUCUUUAUCACCAUCAACGACAAGGGACAUGUAUUUAAUAUUCUAAAGAAUUGGCCUGAACCAGAUGUGAGAGCUAUUGUGUUCACUGAUGGCGAACGUAUCCUUGGUCUGGGUGAUCUGGGCGCUUAUGGAAUGGGAAUUCCCGUCGGAAAGCUAUCGUUAUACACGGCACUCGCAGGCAUCAAACCCCACCAAUGUUUGCCGAUUACAUUGGACGUCGGCACCGACAACCAGGAUUUACUGGAGGAUCCACUUUAUAUCGGUCUCCGUCAGAAGCGCGUCAGAGGUCAGGAAUACGACGAGUUCAUAGACGAGUUCAUGGAGGCUUGUGUGCGGAGAUACGGCCAGAAUACGCUGUUACAAUUUGAGGACUUCGCGCUGGGCAACGCUGGUCGUCUGCUAGCCAAGUACCGCAACAAGUACUGCACGUUCAACGAUGACAUCCAGGGAACGGCCAGUGUCGCCGUCGCCGGGCUCAUGGCUGCCGUACGGGUCACCAAGCGGAAACUUGGCGAGAACAUAUACUUCUUCCUUGGAGCUGGCUCUGCAGCCAAUGGCAUCGCCAACCUUACGGUAGCGGCCAUGGUAGCAGAGGGUCUUAGUAUGGAGCAGGCUCAGGCGCGUGUGUACAUGUUCGACGUAGACGGGCUGCUGUCGACGCGCCGAGAAGGGGGCGUGCCCGAGCACGCGAAGGCGUUCGGGAAAGAUAUCGAGCCUGAGACAGACUUCGAGAAGUGUAUCGCUAAGAUCAAGCCCAGCUGUCUCAUUGGUUGUUCGACCGUGGGCGGAGCCUUUACGACAAACGUGUUGAAGCAAAUGGCCAAGAACAUCGAGCGGCCAGUGAUCUUCGCUCUCUCCAACCCGACGAGCAAGGCGGAGUGCACGGCGCAGGACGCAUACGACCAUACUGAUGGCCGGUGCAUAUUCGCGUCCGGGUCUCCGUUCCCGCCGGUCCAGUACAACGGGCGGGAGUACCUCACGGGACAAGGCAACAACUCGUACAUAUUUCCCGGAAUAGCUCUGGGCGUGAUCGCGACCGCCACACAUCACAUACCGGAGACUAUGUUCCUCACGGCCGCUAGAACUUUGGCGAACUAUGUGAGUGAAGCCGACUUGGCUCUAGGACGUAUAUACCCCUCUCUGUCCGAAGUGAAGGAUGUCUCGCUCGCGAUCGCAAUAGAAGUCGCCAAGAUGGCCUACGAUGAAGGUCUCGCAUCCGUGUAUCCGGAGCCGAAAGAUCUAGCGAAACAUGUCGAGAAUCAAAUGUACAACUACUAUUACGAGAGUUCGAUGCCCGCCGUGUGGGACUGGAAGCCAGAAGAAAAAUUCAACGUAAGACCCAUCCAGCCUGUCCCCAAGAAUAUCUAAACACUGAGGACUAAUCGCGACCAGCUCAGACGCGUCAUGGCUCUGGUCACUGGUGUCUGUAUGGUGUCUAGUUUGGUAGCUUACUGACUCCACGGUGACGCGACUGGUUGCGCCACCAUGGAGUCCCGCUAAAAUAUAGUCCUUACUGUUCCACGAUCUUAGAACUUUAUAUAUAGACAUCGGAUUAUAUGCGAGAAUAAUGUGGCAAAUUUGCAAUGCCUAUUUCAAUUGAAAAUUUUUGUUCGUUUUUGAUAUCAUGUCAAUAUUGUAAUGUAUUUAAUUGCAAGCACAUUAGAUAUUCCCUAAAGACUGAGAUCUAUAGAGUGUACAUAGACUUUACUAAGACUUUACUUACGUAAAACCUGAGUUGAGCUUACCGCAAUCUUUGAUUUAGUAUAUAUAGUCCGUAACAGCUGAGAUUAUGCUGAGCUUUUAAGCUAAGACAUACUUUAAGGGCGCGAUUCAUUUACUAUUAUUUUUCAACAAUAAUAACAAUAAAAAUAGAAACGAUUUUUUAUUUAAAAUUAAGUUAUACAUUAUUCCAAAUACCUUUUUUUUAAAUGUAAUAUUAUGUAGAAAAAAUUAUGGAACUAAACAUUAACAUUAGUGAAAUCUGAAUCCUUUGAUUUCCACAAUUUUAUGUAAUUCUACUACCAUCUUAAUUUUCUUGUAUUAUACGGGUACUUUAAAAUGUCGAACAACAGCUGUGUUGGCGCAAGGAAUUGUUGAUCUCUGUUAUUUUCCGCUUAAAGUCUAAGUUUUUCCUAAGUCGUUAUCUUAUUAUCGUUAUCGAUUUUUUCGCAUUCAAAGCAAUUUUUAUAAAUAUGGACUUACUUACUUUUACUGGCAGUCUAAGUACGCUUUUUAGUUCUCAGCCUUAGGAAUCGCAUAGCGAGGAUUCAUUGCGAUAUACCUUGUAUACCUUUGUGACGUGUUCGACUUAGCUAUUGUAACUGCGGGCUGGUGAACGCGGCUGUACAUCAAGUAUCAGUGACAGUGUUCGUCACUUAUACCCACAAAAGUCACCCGUGACUUUGUGACACCUCACUAACACAUAUUUUUAAGCAACACAUAGGGCAAACUUUUUCAUCACCAAGUAUUAAUCUAAUAGCGACCUUGCCAGAACACAAAAAAAAAGUCUUUAUUCAUAAUCUGGUAAUCCGAUCGCUACAUUCAUUGGUCUAAUUUGAAGAUUGCAUUAAAUUAGUUUUUUUUAUUCUGCACACAUAAUAUACACAUACUACUAUUUCUAUAAGUGUUAUAGAUAUUUGUGAACUGAAUGACGUCAGUGAAUUAUGGGAUUUACUGUUUUAUGGUAGUAGGAGGACAAAAGAGGAGUGAUUGUCAGACGGAAAGUGAUCACUGCCAAAUAAUUCAUAUGAGAUAUUUAUUCAUUAUAGUUCUUAAAAUUAAAAAACAAUGCAGAUAUAAUAUUAACGGUUUGAAUAUCAGAAAUAUGCAUAUAAUGCGAUGUCUAGGUAAGACUUGAUGUUGUUGAUGUGUGAUUAAAGUUCAAUGUCUGAAUACAUAUACAAAAAUAACCCAUGUUAAAUAUAAACUACUAGAAAAAAAAUUAGUAUACCCUUUAUCUUCUCGGAAUAUUUGUAGAACCAUAGUUAGUUAAUUUUUUUAUUUGCCCUGUCGUUCAGCCAUAGACAAAUUUACAUUUACACUGCAUUUAUGGUUCUGUUGUAUUAUUAAAUUACAGAAUACUAUAAAAAAUAUGUAAAAAUAAUCAUUAUGUCAAUGUAUGCAUUUUUCAAUUAGUAUAAUUAAUAUUAUGUCGUCGAAAGUUCAAUAUUUUUAAUAGCAAAGUAUCAAUGUACACGAAAAUAUUCUACAAAAUACCAGAGUAAGAAUAUGUUACAUUAAGAUUAAACUUAUUUUAUUCUGAUUUCACAGUAGUAAUAAUUUAAUUUUUUACAAGAGUUUUAUAUACACACGUGAUUCAAGAAAUGCAAGACGGUAAUAGUUGUCCGUACGUAAUAUUAUAAAAUUCGCGUCCAUAAUCCAAGUUCCGUAUUUUUAUUACAGAUAUAAUGUGUGUUUUGAUGGGAAUACCAUAGAUAAUUUUUACGUCUUGAUAGAGCACUUUGCUUUUAGACAACCGAUGAAGAUAGGCCAACUUUAUUACUUUAGUGUGCGUGACAAUCUACGUCUUACUCAAAAUAAAGAUUGACUAUGAACAUCAAUUUAUUUAGACGUUUUCCAAGCUGUCACGGUAUAUCUAGACGUAUUAAUGAUCUAAGGGGAAUACUUUAAACUUAUAAAAGAUGCUGUAAUGACUGCAUCCAGUUAGUAACAGUAAAGUUUCUACUUGAAUCAGUCUACUCAUUCAUAAUUAAAUAUGAAUAUUACUCUUAGAUGCCUAGUAAAUAGAGAAAUAAUCAAAAAUUUUCUUUCUCGUUUCUUCUAGAUCAUUCUAAUCUAUUCUAAUCUUUGUCGCGAGCUCUACAUCCUUUGACAACUGAUCUUCCCACCUCUCGAUAUGAUGUCCUUCUUAAUAUAUAUUAAAGUUCAUUAAUGAUAUAUUAAAAAAAGUGUGUGUGUACUUAUGUAUGCAUCCAAGAAGUUAUACUUCUUUGGCCUAACAAAGCAAAAUCCUUAAAAUUAUUUAUUCCUCAUGCUAUUUUACGUUUAUAGAAAGAACAAUAUUGUAAAAAUGUGGCAACGAUCGCUUGGUUUUUCAAUUAAUUAUUAAAUAACGAAUACGUCUGUACGGGCUUGAAUCCUUUGCCUAUCCUAAUAAUGGACGAAGAAGCAAAAAAAAAAAAAAAUAAGGAAUAUCGCAAAAGUCAGAAAAUUUUAGGACCCAACUUCACCCUGUUACUUUAGUGUUACAGUGAUGCGCGCGCAUCUUAAAAUUUCACUCUCGUCAUAGUUUCAUAACGCGCCUACAGAAGUAUUACUUCAAAAAGUUUUGGAUUUAUUUUGAAUUUUUCUAAUAACUUGAUUAUUUAUUAUAAUAUUUAUGUAACAAAGGCUUACACUAAUGCAAACAUUUUAACAUAAAUUAUCUCUUCUCGUAGUGUAGGGUGCGACUGUGUCCAAGAUAUUUUAUACAAAUGUACUUGAAACUGAAACUAGCGAUUAUUUUAUUACAAGCUUUAUCAACUAGUGUACUACAAUCGUAAUUUAUACCAAAUGGUGUUCAAUUUUAGACCAAUUUCUUUAGGACAAUCGUAAUAUUUGUAGCAAACAGAUUAUUUCAACGAAUAUUGAUUGCUGUUUGAAGGGGCAUUUAAUAAAUUGACUGAUUUACUCCCAUCCUUGCAUAAAUAACAGUAUGAUAAAGUAUUAAAUUUUAACGUGUGUGUGUCUGUAGUGUAACCAUAAAUUAAGACAAUGUUGUGUUAGUAAAUAAUUAUUGUAAUCGGAACUUGUUCCCAUAGUCACCCUCUAGCGCAACUAAACUUAUCGCUUGGGUAUAUCUUUUGUUCCCUAUUUGAGACUAAAGGUUGUAACUAAAAUAGCAAAUCUAUUGUCACUUCUACGUUCUAAUGUAAUUUAAGACGUUUUUUUUAAGUGUUUGACUAGUAUUAUUAAUAUCUUAUCUGUUUCCUAAUUUAUAUUUGAUUUAAGUAAAAAUGCUAUAAGCAUUAUGUGUGUGUUAGUUUCAUUUGAAUAUAUUUAUUAAAAUCGAAGUCUAGUCACCGCAGCAUUAUUAAAACGAUUAUAUAUUUUUUUUAUAAUUGCAAUUAGUUUCUUCCGAUCACAAAGACAGUGUUCAUAGAAUUGACAUUCUUUACCUCUGCACGUAUUUUUUUUAUUAUAAAUUAAGAUUAAUUUAUAUUAUUAAAUUUUAAAAUUAUGUUUAUAAUAUGUCUGCCUGUGCAACAUAGCUCUUAAUCCAUGCGAUUAAUUUGUACAACAUCUCAAUCACUAGUAUAUUAUCGUAUUUUCUUUGCAAUGUUUCAAUAUAUUUUGACUAGGACCGUUUUCGUAUUGCUUUCAGUAUUUUAGGAACAAAUAUAAUAGCUGGAAAGUAUUAAUAUAAUUAUGUUAAAAAUGUAAGUUAUUUUAGAGCUUGUGUCUAUUGAUACAUGUGAUUAUGUUGCUGUGACGAUCUAGAUAAUAUUAUGACUGUAUUAAACUAACAUGAGUUUGUAGUUAACGUUUUGUUUGUCAUCUCUGUUCUUAAACUAAUCUAUGUUCCGUUUCAUGUAUUUGUUUCGUUACCAGGGUUUCUACUUUAAGUGCAUUUUAGGUCAAUUAUUAAAGUUUUUUUUUUAUUUGUGAGACGUUCUCAAAUAAAAUGUUAUUGUAUGUUCGUAAUCAUAAUUGUUAAAUAAUAUAAUAUGAAUAGAUGUUAUUAAUUAAACAUGUUCGAACCAAA